CAUCCCCACUCUCCCACUGGGACCCAUGUGGCAUCCAUCCAUACUGGGACCCACGUGGCAUCCAUCCAUCCAUCCUCACCCACAAAUCACAGCCGUCAAAGGGAAAUGAUCAAAUGAAAAAAGAGGAAAACGUUAUCUCUUGUCUUUUCCUCAGCCCUGACAACCAACGGUCCACAGGCCACUCCUCACGAACCAACGGCUGAGAUUCGUCUGGGUUUCCUCUCCUCCUCUAAUGUCAAAUCUCGAGACUUUUGGCUUUGGGGGAGGACGAAGAAACGAAGGGCCCUGAUUCAAGCUGAUGUAAAGGGCUGUCAGAGAGUUGACUCUACUACACCUUCCUCGAUCGAGCGAACGGUCCGCCCCUCUUCAAAUGGCACGUUUAAGCCGACGAAACGAGGCGUCGUGGCAUUCCAGCUUUCCAAGUUCAUCUCUUUGAAGACAAGAGUAGUGAGUUCAUGCUACGAAGCUGCUGCCGCUGCUGCUAUUGCGCUGCUUGAGGAUUCUGGUAAAGUUUCUCUCUUCUUCUUUUAUCUGGGUUUUGAUUGAUUGGAUUGGACUGAGAUGGAUCUGUUCGAAAGUUGCUGCCUUUAUCACUCGUUUUGUUUACGCCAUGGAAAUUGAGGUUCUGGGUUCAUCUUGUUUUUUUUUUUUUUUGGGUCUUAUGUUUUUGGGGAAGUCAAGGAAUUGGGUUCUGGGUUCUUCAGGGUGGAAUGAAAAGUUGGAAUCUUUGGCUUUCAGAGAUGAGCGUGAGAGGGAGAGAGAGAGAGAACAGUUGAAUUGAAUCACAAUCCCCUGUAUUUGGGUUUUUUGUUUUGUUUUGCGGUGUUUCCCAUCUAUCAGGUGACCUUCUGCAGAAGAUUUCAUGAACUGGUUUGAUGGUUGAAUCAUGAAUUGGGUAUUUCAGUUAGGGUUAUGGGACAAUCCUGAUGUCAAUCCUUAUGAUCUUCCUGUGCUGAAUUCCAGGAUUGCUUGGAAUUGGAGCAACUUCGAUUCACAAACUUAUAUCAUACUAGAUGGAUCCUGAAGAUGAGAUAUGUGGUGAUACAUGGGGGACGAAAUCCACAUCGUCAAAUUCGUUACAGCAGAACUCAGCAGAUUUUGGGUUGCAACAGCAGCUCGAGAAGAAGUGGGACAACAAUAGCUCCCCUAUCAUGGACUAUGGAUUCAGGAUUGGCCAAGAACAACCACCAUUCCAUGGACAAGUAAAUUGUCAGAUCAAUAAUUCGAUACAAGGCAACGAUAACAACACCAACGACAACAAACCCCCUGAAUGGGAUCCAAGUGCAAUGCUCAACAACCUCUCUUUCUUGGAACAAAAGAUCCAUCAGCUCCAGGGCAUGGUCCACUUGAUCAUCACCCGAAAAGGUCAAGUUCCCAGCAAACCAGAUGAGGUCCUGACUCAGCAGCAGCAGCAGCUCAUAACUGCUGAUCUCACCUCCAUCAUUGUCCAGUUGAUAUCCACUGCUGGUACCCUGCUGCCAUCAGUCAAGACAAUCGGACAGUUCGGACAGUUCACACCAAAACCAGCUGCUGUGUCUCCCGAGCAGCAACAGCAGCAGCAGUCUAACAACAGUAUGGAUGUCGAACACAACUACUCCACCACCGAAGAGCACGAAGAACAUGAGGACGGUGAAACCGAGCAUCUCCCACCUGGUUCUUACGAGAUUCUACAGCUCGAGAAGGAAGAAAUCCUGGCCCCGCACACUCACUUCUGCACUAUAUGUGGGAAAGGUUUCAAGCGGGAUGCCAACUUGAGAAUGCACAUGAGAGGCCAUGGUGAUGAGUACAAGACUCCUGCAGCCCUCGCAAAGCCUCCAACGGUAAAAGAAGUGGGCUCAGCCGCAGAGCCCGUGAUCAUCAAGAGAUACUCAUGCCCUUUCUCGGGCUGCAAGCGGAACAAGGACCACAAGAAGUUCCAGCCUCUCAAAACGAUCCUCUGUGUCAAGAACCACUACAAGAGGACUCACUGCGACAAGAGCUAUGUGUGCAGCAGGUGCAACACCAAGAAGUUCUCGGUCAUGGCUGACCUCAAGACCCACGAGAAGCACUGCGGGAGGGACAAGUGGCUUUGCUCUUGCGGGACCACCUUCUCCAGGAAGGACAAGCUGUUCGGACACAUCGCGCUGUUCCAAGGACACACCCCUGCCAUUCCUCCCGACGAAACCAAGACAGUCGUUGCUCUUGCUCCUACUGAUGAUCCUGCUGCUGCUGCAAACAAGCUCGCUGAUGGCAGUGGCCUUGCUACCAUGGACUUCAAUUCUGGUGCUCAAGCUCUCAUGGACUUCAAGUCGGUCGAUGAUCCUGCUGGUGCGGCCGCUGUUGCAAGCUGCUUCUCCCCUUUGAACUUCGAUUCGUGCAAUUUCGUUGGUGGGUUUCCAGAGUUCAAUCGACAGGGGUUCGACGAUUCUGAGGCUUCGUUCUCGUUUCUUUUGUCUGGCGGGUCGUGUAAUUACAGCAGCCAGAAAACUGGAGGGGAAUCCUAGUACUAGCAGUAGUAGUAGGGCUAGCAUUGGACUAUUGUUCGCAACUUGGUAGAGAA